GUCAGCCGGAUAACAUGUAUUAUUGUUUACGUAUAAAUAAAACGGUACAUUACGGCAAUAUAUCGGUUAAAAGAAUGAAAUAAAAAGGCGAUAUCGCGGACAGGUUUAACUCUAUAAUAAAUAGUCUAAUAGAUUAUUGAUGUAGGCUAGCUGUUGAGACCCAAACGGCCGAAACACACGCGAUGAUUUGUUCACCGAGUAAGUGCGACGAGGUUAUGUUCGUCCAGAAUAUAUUGCCAAACUUUUCGAAGCUCGUGGAGACGCGAUGGUUCACCUCGGACAAUCCGGAGUCUGUGAUGUCCGACGCGGUCGAAAACGUCGUCGUUUUCGUCGACGGUAAUCUGAACCUAAGAUUUUGCUCCAAAUGCACCCAUCAUGUCUGGACGUUUGAGGUACUGACGAUAGGCAAGUCUCUGGAGAACGUUUCGCUGAUGCUCGACAACCAUCGAGAGCACUUUACCAUUCUAUCGGUGAAAAGCGCCAGUGGUAACAGCGGUUUAUGCAACGGGCAAGAGUGGUUUAAGGCCUCAGCCGCGCUCCCCGGCUUGGAUCUCAACUACUCGAGCACCAACCGCUACAAAAUAACCAUCGGAUUUAAGACAGACCGUUACGGCACGUACAGACAGACCGUUAUAUUCGGAUUCGGUGGCUAUCCGGUUCUGGCUAAGCAGGUUUCGGUCGAUUGCAUUCCCAUCGCCGACGUACCGCGCAUCGAGGAAGCCAGGAGAAUAAUUCUUAGCCAGAACGUGCGCAAGUGGACUAAAAGCAACUCCCUGAUAGUCGCCUUUGAAUCACCCUUUGUCCCAGCCAAAGACAUCAAGGAAGUAAAUCUGACCAAGGCCUAUCCCUUUCCGGACGAAACUAACUUCUAUCUCACCCACGACACACUCACCGAAGAAUCUCUCACUCCUACAAACUAUCGUGGACGCAUGCACGAACUUGUCUCCAUUGAAGAACUGGCCAGACACGAACAAGUCGCCAGGUACAACAUUGUUACCCAGCUAAGACUCUGCCAGUAUUACAUCGUCGCCCCUGACGCCGACUGCGCCACUACUGCUAAAUAUGCUCCAUCGGGUGAACUCUUUGCUCAGCUGCCGCUUGGCCGAGAGAUAUCCGAGGAUUCGAAAAGCGGCCGAUUGUUGCUUAGGGGUUGCAAUAGAGUGUUAUUCAAGCCAGUUGAUUGGGAGAGAAGUGACAACCAGCCGCAAAUAGUCUUUGAAGCGCACAUCGAAGACAAAUGCAAUCGAAUAAUUUACUUGAGGUUGUCAAAGCAUUGCAUAGAAACGCUUCAGCUUCAGCCAGACACGGAUGUUACGGUUCAAGUACAAUUCCAGCUAAAUCGAUUGCCGUAUUGCGAGUGGCAUAGAUCCAUAGAUCGUGUUAUCGAUACCAGCCUGAUUUUCCCAACCGUAUCGGAGGACACCGUCAUACCCUGGGACUCGAAAGAGUACUGGAGCGCUCAGUUUGACCAGAAAUUAAACGUCAAACAGAAGCAAGCCGUCAUGGCUAUGAUUGCCCCCAUUAACAUCAUCCUACCGCCGAUUCUGCUUGUCGGACCCUUUGGAACUGGUAAAACUUACACACUAGCCCAAGGAAUACGCAUGAUUUUGAAUAAGGGCCCUGAACACAAGGUAUUGCUUUGCACGCACAGCAACAGUGCCGCGGAUUUAUAUGUUAAGGACUUCUUUGACGCAUGGUACAAAGAAACAAUGGACAUCCGGAUGAAACCUCUUCGAAUCUAUUACAAAGGACGAUUUAGAAACACGGUACACCCAGUAGUCCAGGAAUAUUGUCUGAUGGAUGAAAAUGGCCGGUUUCGAGAGCCCACAAAGGACGAUGUUCUUAGAUGCGGUUUGAUUAUCGCUACGCUUGCAACGUCUAGCUGUCUGGCAAGUCUGGAUUGCGGUCUGACACACAUAAUAGUGGAUGAGGCUGCGCAAGCUAUGGAAUGCGAGGCAUUGACUGCCCUGACGCUGGCUAGAAGUACAACUCGUUUGAUAUUAGCUGGGGACCAAAUGCAAUUGGCGCCUGAGUUGUACAGCGAUCUUGCCAAUGAACGAGGACUGGGACUUAGUCUGCUAGAGAGGAUUUGCAAUCUUUAUCCUCCGAUCUUCCCCUGCAAAAUUUUACUAUGUCAAAACUACAGGGCUCACUCUACAAUCAUCGGACUAACUUCUGAGCUUUUCUAUUCUGGCCAGGUUGUUGGCUGUGGGAAACACUUGGCACACCCGAUUUUCAAUCCUUUAACAUUCUUCAGUGUUCAAGGCCAAGAUAUUCAGGGAAUGCAUUCGACUGGAUUUUACAACGAUGCGGAGGCGUUUGAGGUGACGGAUCGAAUAGCAGAAUUGAAGAGUUGUUGGCCGACGGAGCAGUGGGGACCUUACGGAGAAGGGGCAAUAGGGGUUGUAGCGCAUUACGCAGAGCAAGUGUCAAGGAUCCGUAUGGAGUUGCGUAAACGUAAGCUAUUUGAUAUUUCGGUGGAACGAGUUAUGAAUGUACAGGGAAAACAGUUUCGAGCUGUAUUUAUAAGCACAGUUAGGACGCGCAAUAGUUGUCAGUAUUCAACCGAUGUGAAUAUUAGAGACUUCGGUUUUUUGAGUAAUCCGAGACUCCUGAAUACUUCUAUCACUCGGGCGAAGUGUCUCGUAGCCAUAAUAGGAGAUCCCGUGGCACUGCUGACCAUAGGAUCUUGCCAAAGAGUUUGGGAAAAGUUUUUCUCCGCAGCAACAUUGUACGGCAUUGAUUAUGUCACUCUUAGAAGGUACGUUGACAAUUUACCGCAAACACCGCAAUCUGCACCUUUGAAUCCUUUAGCUAAAGAAUUUAUACCAAGGAGUCCGCAGCCUCGUUAUCAAGUAGAGUAUGUACCUAUACCGGUACCAUAUCCAGUGAUUUAUUGUAAUUCAAAUAACACGCAACCGACGACUAAGAAAAAUUCGUCGUUAGACCUAAUACAAAAAUAGAUGACAAAUGAAAUAUAAUGAAGUGAAUAACAAUAAAAUAAAAAUAUAUAUUAUAAACCGUAGUUGCACUUGUCAAUUGAACGUCGAUUGUGCAAGUUUUUCAAUGUUUGACAUUUUCGGUUGAUUUUUUUUUUUCGUUGAUGUCUCUUUUUCAUCCCAAGUCACUGUCGACGUUAACGUAUUGUAACGUGAUAGCAAACAUGCGAUUCGAACGUUUUUUUUUUUUGUUUUUUUUUUUAUUCUACCAAUUUCUUUUCCUUACCUUUUCUUUUCUAUUCUCCGUUUGCUAUAUAAUUCAGCCCACAAUGCCAAUACUCAAUCAAUUCUUGAGUUAAGGAAACAGAAGAUCGAUUGGAUUUGGAAUGAUUUUUAAUUUCCUGUACAUAUGUAUAAAUUAUAUUUCAAAAAAUACAAAAUUUAUACUUUUUCUAUAUACAACAGAAAAACAAAAAAAAGGAAAUCAGAAAAUCUGACUU